CUUCUCACUGGCCCAGAGCAAGUGAAGACCAGUGGAGAAUGAACCCGUUUUCCUCUGAGUCAGCAUGGCUCUGCUUGACUGCCACUGCGGUGCUGGGGGGCAUGCUUCUCUGCAAAGCCUGGAGUUCAGGGCAGCUAAGGAGCCAGGUGGUGUGUCUGGCUGGCCUCUGGGGAGGUGCCUGCCUGCUCAGCCUGUCCCUCCUCUGCAGCUUGUUCCUCUUAUCGGUGUCCUGCUUCUUCCUUCUGUAUGUGAGUUCAUCUGACCAAGACUUGUUACCUGUGGAUCAAAAGGCUGUGCUGGUGACAGGUGCCGAUUCCGGUUUCGGUCAUGCUUUGGCCAAGCACCUGGACAAGCUGGGUUUCACAGUGUUUGCUGGAGUGCUGGAUAAAGAGGGCCCAGGAGCGGAGGAAUUGAGGAAAAACUGCUCUGAGCGCCUUUCGGUGCUCCAGAUGGAUGUCACCAAGCCAGAGCAGAUAAAAGAUGUUCACAGCGAAGUCGCAGAGAAGAUACAAGACAAAGGACUGUGGGCUGUGGUCAACAAUGCUGGGGUCUUGCACUUUCCGAUCGACGGGGAACUCAUUCCCAUGACCGUGUACAGAAAAUGCAUGGCAGUGAACUUCUUCGGAGCCGUCGAGGUCACCAAGGUGUUUCUGCCUCUACUUAGAAAGUCCAAGGGGAGGCUGGUUAACGUCAGCAGCAUGGGAGCCAUGAUUCCAUUUCAGAUGAUGGCCGCCUACGCCUCCACGAAGGCAGCUAUAAGCAUGUUCUCAGCCGUCAUCAGGCAAGAGCUUGCCAAAUGGGGAGUCAAAGUCGUGACCAUCCAUCCUGGAGGCUUCCAAACAAACAUCGUAGGCUCACAGGACAGUUGGGAUAAAAUGGAGAAGGAGAUCCUGGACCACUUUUCCAAAGAGAUUCAGGAGAACUAUGGACAGGAAUAUGUCCAUACGCAGAAGCUCGCCCUCCCGGUCAUGAGAGAGAUGUCCAACCCGGAUAUCACCCCUGUGCUGCGGGACAUCCAGCACGCCAUUUGUGCCAAGAACCACUCUUCCUUUUAUUGCUCAGGGAGAAUGACUUACCUGUGGAUCUGCUUCGCGGCCUACUCCCCGAUCAGCUUAUUGGACUAUAUUUUGAAAAACUAUUUUACUCCAAAACUCAUGCCAAGAGCUUUAAGGACAGCAAGUUAGAAGAACAAGGCCCGGGUAGGGUGGGAAAUGCCACAUGCUUAGGAUGAAAGGGAAACCUCUUAUUAAACUAACUUUCUACCUCA